GCAUCGAUCGUUUUCGAAAGAGUACGUCCCGUGUCAGAUGUGCGCCGCCAUAGAUAUGAUCGCUUCCGAACAGUUAUUUUACGGGCGCAGUCCGCCGGCCGGCUUCUUAACUGAUUACACGCCACAAUUGCGAAGACCAACAAGAUUGACGACGCGAGAUUUCGCGCCAUGCUUUGCAACGUUGAAACCUGUUCAAUUGACUUUGAAAAGCGCCCCGCGCUCCUGCAUCCGUAUGCCGACGGAGAAGAAACAAAAAAAAGUGGUAUUCGCUGACGACCGUGGCUUCGCGUUAGCGCACGUCAAGAUCAUGACGGAGCCCUCACAUGUGCCGCCGUACUGGGCCCUCAAGGUCGUCGAAAGUCCACCGCCAGAGCGGAAGCCACCUCCGAAACAAGCUCCCGAUCUUUGGGAGACUCGGUUUGUUCAACCCGCUUCGGAUUAUUUGGAAUUCAGGCGGCGCAUCACGGAGGACUGUGUAUCGUUAGAAAAUGUUAUUGUAAAGAGCAACGAAUGCGCGGUCGAUGGUACGGUGAAAGUGAAAAACCUGGAUUUCAGCAAGGAAGUGUUCGUUCGGUCUUCUUCCGACGGAUGGGCGACCAGCGAAGACGCUUACUGCGCGUUCGUCGAGAUGGGGCCGCUGAAUCAGAAGAAGGAAUCGACAUACGACACUUUCGGAUUUCGUUUACAAUUACCGAUACAUUCGAGAAGACUGGAUUUCUGCGUUGGCUUCCGGUGCAAGGGCAACGAGUAUUGGGACAACAACAAGGGCCGGAAUUACACGAUCGAAAAAUCAUCGGCGAGGAACCCGCCGGCGAUAUCGUGCGCUAGAAUUAAAUACGGCAAUUCGUGGACGUCGAGAUCGACCGAAUCAAGUGAAAAUACACCGUAUUGGUGAAGGUUUUGUAUCGAUAUUUCUGUGCCAUAAUCGAAAAGUGCAGUUUUUUUUAUGGAUUCGCACUAUUCCUGGUCAACGUAAGUCUGAAUUAUUAGAUUAUUUAAAACGAACGAGAAAUCGAAGACUGCUGUUUUUUAUAAAUCUAUAAAACGUUUUAUUGUAUAAUAGUUUCACAUAGUGCUGCUAGAAGUUGGUCUAUUUGAUUUUUACUAUUGUAAUUACGAUAAUGUAGAUUCGUCACGGCGAUAAUAGGUACGCGAUUGUGUUUUGAAACUGUAUAAGUUUUUUUUAUUAUUUCUCUUUACCUAAUCGCUAGUGGCCUAAGGGGCUACUAUUCCAGCUAUUAUCAGAGCGGAGCUUGCGAUAAUUAUGAUUGUAUUUAUUCGAGUGUUUCCAAGUUACCUAAUAAUUUUAUAAGGGACUCAUACCUAACCAAAAGUCUGAUUUCGCGUUUAGUGAAAUUUGCUCGAAAUUGGUAUGAAUGUUUAAUAUGCUUAAAUGCUUAUGUUAUCAGUAAACAAAGUAAUUUGAACCGAAUUUUAAACUAAACAGAACGUUUACAUAUAAGGUUUUUAAUUUCAUAGCUUUAUUUUAGAAAGAUCUUAUCGUUCGAUAUCAGGCAAUGUUAGAUUGUUUGGUCUAAAAAUGAUUUAUUUUUAUUUUUAUAUCAUUAUGAUUAUUUAACCAUUUUUGUCGAAAACUGUUUUCGACAUUAAAAUAAGCCCGUAAAAAAUACACAAUGAAUAAUGUCAAAAAAUACUAAAUUUGACAUUACAUUAAUUUAUGUCUUAAAAAAAUGACAUUAAAUGAAUGUCACACGUCAAAAUAGUGAUGCAAUAACGCUAGGCGAACAGUUCUGCGGGUUUUUAUUUUAAAAUCCAUAAUGAGGUGUGUAAUCUUUAUUUGUAAUUGUAAAACGUUAAUUUGAAAUAUAAAUAAUUAUGACAUUAUAAAGUGGAAUAUUUAUACGGGCGUGUAAUCUAUAACGCUGCUUAUCCGAAGGCAGUGGGAUCGGCAAAGGCCACCAGCUACUUUACGCUUGUGUUCACGAAUGCUCAUGAUUGGCCGAAUGCUAUUGUAGAAAUUCACGUGCAGGAUUUUAAACGAUUUGGUGAAUCGGCACAAUAAAACAUUGAAUUUUAAUGCAUGAUUUUAAUCGAUCUAAUAGUGAGACGGUGCGUGAAAUAAACUAUUGUAAUCAAUAUACUUUGUGAUUUAAUGUAAGUAGGUAUGUAACCUCUUAUGUCGACACGUCUUCAGCUGCGUCUAACUAAGCGAGCAUAGUAUGUAGCGAUCUCAAAUCACUGGAAUUUAAAAAUGACAUAUGUCAAAAGUGGCAGCUGUCAAGCGUAGAUUACUACACUGGUGUGUGGAGAGUAAGAGUACCUGUGUAUUAAAAAAAUGUCCCCAAAAGCUUUCAAUUAAGCUGAAAUUAAAAUUACACCAGAAACGUUCUUGAAGAAAACUCCGAAAGCGGUUCGUUUGCUUACACAAGCUUUCUAAAGACGCUGUUUAUGAUUGUAAUUUUGCAAUGCGGCACGAUGGAGUCUAAAAGAUUCGUGUUUCGAUAUUUUCAUGGUAGUUAUGUUUAUAAGAAGCGUGAAAAGGAAUAAAUAAAAAAAAAAUCAGCACGCUUCAUUUUUAGUUAAAACAGAUGAAAAUCUUCUAAUCGCGAUCGUCGGAUUGUAAUGUUGCUUUGGGGCAUUUUGGGAAGCAAAUCUAUGAGAUUUAUCUAUGACUGCAUCACAUCCCCUGGCAUGAUUUUAUUUAAAAAGCCAACUGAAUGUUCCGAUACCAUCUUAAGAAACUAUGCAGGGUAGAAGUAAGGAGCGCCAUCUUGUAUAGGGGAUAAGUUGAUAAAUUGUCCCGUCUGUAAACAGCGCGUUGUUGUUGGAAGACUCACCGACACAGCGCUAGUGUAGGAAGGGGAAAUUAUAUGAAUAUAGCAGUUUUAAACAGAGCGAUGUGUGCUAAGUUGAAAAAAAUAAUAUUUUACGUGCCUUGUGUUGUAAAAAAAUAUGGAAUUCAUAUUUAAAAUCUCAACUAUUUAUUUUUAUUGAUAUUCACAUAGGAAGUUUCUUUCGUUCUUAAUUUAGUAUCUGUAAUAGUUUAUGGUGCUCAUUCUAAAAUCUCUCCAUUUGCUACUGUGGCGCCAACCUAACUGACUCCCUUGUUAUAUGACGGGCUCUUGCCGCGAUUCUAACACGUAAUGGCUUCGUGUUAUUUCGAUUAAUAACACGGGAAUUCAAUUUAAAACGUCAGGGAAAUUAAUGUAAUUAUCGUAAAUCGAAAGUAAUUGUGUAAUUUUGUAAACAUAUUCGUUGAAAGCGAGAGUAUUUAAUUCUUCACAAAACUGUUUUGAUAUAGCUAUUUUAGUGCUGAGCUUAUUUAUACAUAUUUUUUAGAACGUGCUAAAGAUUUUUUGAGAAAAUAAUACAAAAAAUAAAUCACUGAAAAUUGGCAGCAAAAUAAUUUUAAAUGGUUAUUUAUAAAUGUUAUUGCCUUAUUAAAAAAUCGUUAAAAGGUCGCGCGCUAAGACACGUCCGUGCAGUUCGAUACCUAAUAAUCAAACUGCGCAAAUAAUCGGUAUUUCGACUCUGCGCUUUAUACGCAUCACUAGAGAGUCGAUCUAUCGACGAUUCGCGCUAAAAGUCUUAAUUAUGUGCUCUCUUCGUUCUAAUACAGAUCUUUCUCAUUUAAAUCGAUCUGCACGUGCUAUUUACAUAGAUCUUGUCAUAUUCAAUGUAAAAAAUAUACCCGUAAUGACAUAUUGAAGUCAUUUGAGUCAGUAAAGCGAAAAUUAAAUGUAUUCAAGUGAAAUGAAACAAUGGAGGAUCUGUUUUAAUUGACAUUCUGGAGGUUACGAGUGGAGGUCGCGUUUGAGAACGGUUUGAUUGUAGCGUUGUUCUUGGGUCUUUAACCUCAUGUUUUUUUUUUUAUGCUUGAAAGAUUACUGGUUGGCCGGUGGCCUUUCCAGUUUCACCAGGACAGGUGGGCGAGCAAAGGCUCAGCCAGGAGGGAGCGCCUCAUGUUCUAAGGUUAGCGGCUGUGGCGUGAGACAGUAAUUGAGGUGCUUAUUGGGAACGCUGUGACGUAAAUCUGUACCAUUUUUUUUAUAACUCAGCCCAUAGACAUAUACAACGUAAAUGCCGCCA